UUAAACGUAAAUAAUGUGUAUUCAGCGGUCUGUGGGCGUGAUGUUAAAUAAAGUGUUGUACUAUGUACUGGAAUUGAAUUUCGCGAAGCCCGAUUCGUAACUUGCUUACUAGACCUGUAAGUCAGUAAUAUGUGCCUCGUAAUGAAAAUAACUUUUUCACAAGUUUCUAUGUCUUGGGACAGAAUGUUUUUUGUAUUCAUCUAGAAUAGAAAUGUUUCUGCAUUUUUAUAAUCGUUUAUAAUAUGACAGAGUGGGCAGAUAGUAAACCGACGAGAGCGGUAAUAAAUAGUAGAAUGGCAACCACAUUUUUGAGACCAGUUAAGACAGACCAACAAAUAUAUGAAAACUCUAUGCUGGAAGAUGAUCCUAACGCAAAUUCAGCUGUCACGCACGAAGAGAGAAUUAAACCAAGGUGGGGACCUCACCACAAGGGUGCCCAAGAACUUGCAAACUUGUACAGUCAAGGUAAACGCAUACAAGAGUGUAUCUGCGUUGGUAUAUGCAUAACACUGAUGCUGGUAAACUUCAUCUUUAUCUUGUACCACCUGCGCCUAGAGAACAUGAGCACCAUUGUGAUAGCAGCGUUGUGUGGCAUAGUGACAGCGGACUUGGGUUCUGGCAUCGUCCACUGGGGUGCAGACACCUGGGGCUCUGUCGAGCUGCCAGUCAUUGGCAAGAAUUUUCUACGGCCAUUUCGUGAACAUCACAUUGAUCCGACCUCCAUCACACGCCAUGACUUCAUAGAGACAAACGGUGAUAACUUCAUGGUCACCAUUCCAUUCCUGGGCUGGAUGGCAUGGAAGUUUCUGGCCUGCUCAGAAGAAGAGGUCCAGACAAGUUUCUCUUGGAUAUGUUAUCUCUUCUUACUUGCGCUCUUUGUGGCAAUGACAAAUCAGAUACACAAGUGGUCCCACACGUACUUCGGCCUGCCGGGCUGGGUGGUAGCACUGCAGAACUACCAUGUAAUCCUGCCUCGCCGCCACCACCGCAUACACCAUGUGGCGCCUCAUGAAACGUACUUCUGCAUCACAACGGGCUGGCUCAACUGGCCACUGGAGAAGGCGCGCUUCUGGCAGGGCCUGGAGUGUGUCAUCCAGCGAGCGACUGGCUGUCGACCGCGCGCCGACGACUUCAGGUGGGCGCAAAAGCGCUCGUGAAACUGGCUCCCCCUUCCCUCCCUUAUCCAUGCUGCGACCCACCGACUCACGCCUGUAUUUUUACAAAAGUCUUUACAAAUAAUAUGUGAAUAAUCUGUCAUGCCGAUGGGUGUUCGGUGAAAGUGGUAUGGUCUUUUCCUCUCUCAGGGACCAAAGGGUGUACGUUGGAGCAUGUUCCCCUGAUAAUCGCUUUGUUAUGUGCAGUAGAAUCUUGGUUGUACCACAUGGCUUGAGAAAUUUUUUUACAUAAUUUGAUUCAAAUGCAGGGCUUAUUUCUUUGUAUUUUGUGAUUAAUUUUAAUUUUCAUCGGUCAACCGCUCUUUCCUGACGUCUUUCCUCCAUCACCAUUUCACCUUCAUAUACAUCUCUCAACCAUCACCAUCUGUCAUCCAUCAUCAUCUCACCUCUAUCACCACUCCAUCACAAUCUCUCUCCAUCACUAUUUCUCCUCCAGUACUAUUUUUCCUCCAACACCAGCUAUUGUCCAUCACUAUCACCUUCAACACCAGCUCUCCAUCACCGUCACCUCCAUUACCAGCUCUCUGUCACCAUCUCCUCUUCAAUUACCAUUUCUCCUCCAUCACUGUCUCCUUCAUCAUGUCUCUCCUCUGUCACCAUCUCUCGUCUAUCACCAUCUCUCCUCCAACACU